AUGUUUCUCAGAAGUUGGUCGGGCCUCCCCAAAGAUGCCUCCUUUGCGAGGGAUCUCGACGGUCUUGGUUAUUUUGUGAACGAUGAUGAUGAGGUCCGAUCUAUCGAGGAUCCGGAAUGUUACUACAAGUUCUUCAGCAGCAAGAACUCUCGUGUCAAUGAGCGCCAGCGCUUCCACUUCAACAUGGCUCUGGAAGACAUCAUUCAUGAUCGCCUGGAGAAAGAAGGUCUCAAGAAAUAUCACCUUCUGCCCGAGAACAAACAGCAAUCUCCCAUCUUCCUCACCCCCAACAUUGCCAAAACUACACGAAUUGUCGUCGUCCUUGGCGAACCCACUAAAGACCUAGGAUGGAUUGCUGGCCGAAUCGCGAAUGGACCUGGUGGCCUUGCGAAGGGAACCAUGCUCUCCGUCGUUCAGACACUUGCCAAGCAGACUGCCAGCCCCAAUGAUCCGGAGCCUCCUUGCGUUAUCCUGGCCAAUAUGGGCCAGCGGUUCUGGUGGCCUGAAGAACAGCGUGCUCUCACUAUAGAAGCAGCAGCUGAUAUUCCACUUCCCAGUAUGGUGCAUUCUGGACGUCGAUUCAUCAAGGAACUCAAUGAGAUUCCUGGAAGCGAGACGCCUUUGGCGCACAUGACGACUGUUUUCAACAAGGUUCUCGAAGUCAACCAGACUGUCGCGGUCGACAUCAUUGCUAUUGGGCAAAGCUGCGAGGUUGUCUUGCAGUUCUUCGAAAACGAGAAGCACUGGGCGCAAUGGGGUAACCGACUAGGCGGCAUGCUCUUCAUGGGCACUGUUUUCGCAACAGAUUUGCUCGUCAAUACUGAAUUCAAAGCGUUCCUCGCCAAGCGCACUCGUGGCUAUCUCAUUUCAGAGGAGCCUCUCGAUACUCCCCUAGCUAUGCCGGGAGGAAACCCAUCACUCUUGAUCGAACCCCUUGGCUGCCCCUGUUUCUCUAGCGGAGAAGACCAGUUCAUCGAAACCAUCCUCAUCAAGGCUCUCGACCCAGCUCUUGCUUACCUUCAACAAGUGGCUCUUACUCCCAACUUUGUCAACCCUGAUAUGGCUGUUGCAGAGCGUCGCGCAACCGAUAUCACAAACGAGAGAUGGAGUGAAUUGCCAGAGGAAGUCAAGCCAGAGGUCACAAGCGCUGAUUUCGAGAAGAUAAAGGAAGAAAUCAAGCAGAAGAGACGCUGGGACAAGUUUAUGGAGACGGGUAAGGCACCUGACGUAGACUUUGACGAGGACUGA